GCCCUUGCGUAACGUGACAUCCACCCCACCGACGCAAUCCUGAAUCCUUUCAAGAUGAUUGCAUAACACUCUUCUUCAAAUUUCUGACGCUGCUUCAUCUUGCUCGAAGUUCAAUAGGCUUCCCAACACCAUUCAAAUAGAAUCCUCGCUCCUUCCGACACUUGCCUCCCCCCUCCCUUUCGCAUACGCAUACAGCAAUCUGCGAAAGUGGAUGCUUUCGCGACUUAGCAGCCUCCAGCGCUUCAAGCCUGCACCACUCCAACAAUACCUCAACAUGGCCACCACGGCAGCUUCACCAUCCGCCGCAGCGUCGGCGGCCUCAACCACUUUCCAAGCGCCACCCAUCCCCACCACCUGGCGUUCCUCUCUCAAUGCUUGGUUCCGCGGAGUACAGCGGGACACGGCCGCAGCCGAGCUGCACCUCUACAGCAUGUCCACACCCUACUUCAAAUCUGCGACACUCGACAAUGCUCCCAACGCUCCUCUAGACGUUGCUCAUGCAGCAGCUGCGGGCAAAGUGUCAGGAGGUGGACACGCCACGGAUUUGGAUGUCGAUGGAUAUGCGGGUAGAGCAACUGCGGGAGCUGAAUUGGCUGCGGAUGGCAAGGUGGGAAGCAUCAGACUAGUGGAUAUCGGCCCAGAGAGGCAUAAGAAGCCAACUUCUGGUAUUGGCAGCUGGCUAGGCCGCAAAGAGGCCCCUCGUCUGGUCAACAUGCUCGAGAUCGGCACGCCCCAGCCUCGAGAAUCGGAAGAGAAGGUCAUCCUGCUACACGGCUACGGAGCAGGCACUGCAUUCUACUUUCAGAACCUAGAAGCUAUUUCGCAGCAUCCAAAUUCGCGCCUGUAUGCGCUCGACUGGCUCGGUAUGGGUCGCUCUGCACGCGUUCCGUUUGACGUGCCCAAGUCAGCUCAGGCAAAUACGGAUACGAGAGUUGAAGCAGCUGAGUCCUUCUUCACUGAUAGUCUCGAGGAUUGGAGAGAAGUAAUGGGACUGGAGAAGAUGACCUUGGUGGGACAUAGCCUGGGAGGAUACUUGAGCAUUGCGUACACUCUCAAAUACCCCGAGCGAGUCAAUCGCCUGGUGUUGAUCUCGCCUGCUGGCAUAGGAGCGGAUCCAGACAGGGGCGAGGAGACGUUCGCACCCAAGAACGAAGCCAAGCAGGAGCACGACACGCAUUCGAGUCGGCAGCGCGAAUGGAGUGGCAACACGGAGUUGUCGAACAGCGAGCCGGAUCCCGUCGUUGCCGAAGUGCGGACGCAACAAGCAGAUGUCGCUCCUUCCACUUCCACAAUGGCUGCAGAAGAUGCACGUCGCGUUGCCGAAAAAGCAGAAGCAGCUGGCAAAAAGGCCAGCGAAGGAACCUCAGCCUCAGACGAUGGCGAAUAUCAACACAAUCCCCCGCCCAGACUCGGGAAGCGCAGAAGACAGAUCCUAACCACCUUGUGGGACGCCAACUUUUCGCCUUUCGGAUUGCUCAGGAAUUCCUUCUUCUUUGGUCCUAUGCUAGCAGGCAGAUAUACCUCGAGGAGGUUUGGAGCGCUCAGUGACGAGCAACUGCGCACGAUGCACUCUUACACUGCCGGAAUCUUCAUGGCGCGAGGCUCGUCGGAAUAUGCGCUCGCUCAUCUGCUCGCUCCUGGCGCCUAUGCCCGCAAACCUAUGGUGGACCGCAUUGCGCCAAUCAAAGUGCCUGUCAGCUUCAUGUACGGAGAACACGACUGGAUGGACAUCCAAGGAGGAAAGGAAGCGGUGCAAAGGUUGAAGGAUGCUGGGAACGCGCACGGAAGCGUAUUCUGUGUACCUCAUGCGGGUCAUCACAUCACCCUUGACAAUCCUCGCGCAAGCAACACCCUGAUCCGAAAGAUCUUGCUGGGACGAGCCGACGUAGCCGCGAAAGAAGGUCGCCGCCUUCGGGUAGGAAGCGGAUUCAGCAGCGAUAGUGAGACCCUUUAGAAAACAUGCACAUUGCCAUUCGCGUGAAAUCACUCCUCAGCACUACCCACAGUACUCGCUCCCCUUUGCGCUCGCUUCGUCACCGUCACGCAAUACACGUAGAGGAACUGCAUAUAUAGAUUCGCAACUACGAAUCGUCUUUGCUCG